ACAUGGACGAUAGUCGAGAUUUGGAAUGUAAUGGUGCAGGAAUGCGGAGAGCAAGAUCUUUACAACAUGUUUUUCCUUCCUUACAGAAACAACAACACCAUCUAUCCCGUAGAUCGGCAUCGACACCCAGUUCCAAUGAUCAAAACGCUCGGGUCCAUGAAAAUAACGAUAAACACAAUGUUUUUACGCAGACAUCUGACUCAGAUCAUAAAUUGGAUAAACAUCUUACAACCUACAGAUCAACGCUACAUGGUCCCGGCAACAAUGAACGUUUCUUGGAAAACCAAAACCACUCACAAAAAAAUAAUCGCGGUGUCGUUCGGAGCAUCGAUAGCGGGAAAACCCCAACCCAGAAAACAUAUGAUCAUAUCUUGACAAAUGUGCGAUCUGACCAAUUUUCCUCUACAUAUUCUCCCUCGAAAUCAGAACCAGAAAGUGAUGCCAAGGGAAGAGCGUUGGGAUCAUGGCACUUGUUCAGAGAUGAACACGUGGACACAUCUAAAUCAAGUGAAGCCCAAAACACCAGUUCGGACUCUUACGAUAGAAGUAGCAGGAGGACAAACAAAGUACCCUUGCCGAAAUUGCAGGAUGUGCCAUGUCAAUUUUUUGAUCAAUUGAAGGAUGAACUUCACGACUUUACAGAAAAGGAUAUGUGGCGUCUGAAUGUCGAUCUUAGAGAAACUUUUGCUAAACUCUUCGGAAUCCAUACAAUUUUUCCUUUAUAUUUAGACAGUUCUGAAUUUGUAAUGUGGUUCUUGGAUGAAAAUGGAUGUUUGUUUAUGUGGAAUGAAAUGGAGUGUAGUAUAAUAUACAUGGGAUCCAACUUGGAAGAAGGAAUUACGAACUAUCUCAUCCAUCCGGAUAGGAUGUGUUACAUCAUCGAAGACACUUUUGAGCGUGUACCUGUAAAUGAAUAUGAACGUCAACUAAAUGAAGAAUUUAAAAACCACAUGGAGGAGGAGCUUAUGAAGAAGCUUUCGGAAGCUGAGGCUAAUCUU